AUGGGUCACGAAGAGGAACUAACACCGGAGCAAGUAGACUUUGGUGUGUCCCCACUGAGGGGCGCCCUCAGGCGCACCUGGACCGACUUCUGCACUACCAGCAGUAUCCACGGCUUGAGGUACACCCGGGACGAGGACACCAACCGGAUUGUUCACUUUGUCUGGCUGCUCAUCUCCCUUGUGAUGUUCAGCUGUGCGGUGGCCAUGGCCCACACCUUCUACGUGGACUUCCGCAGCAAUCCAACCCGGAUGAAUGUGGAGAGCGACUUCACGCCACUGAGCAACCUCUACUUUCCACCGGUCACAAUUUGUCCUGAGGUGCUCUUCAAUAUGCAAAAGUCCAAGGCAUUUCUGGAGACUCUGCGACUACCUGAGGGAGCUGAUGUGGCACGCAUCCAGCGACAACUCCACAUCUUCUACGGCUUCAUGCUGGACGAUGAACGCUUUGCCGAUCAGGACAUAGAGCAAAUGGAGUCUGUUCUGACCCUGAACAAUCUGACACUUGAACAGUUUGUCGAGCACUUGCGUUGGGAUUGCCGUGAGAUUCUGUAUCGUUGUAGGUACCAUGGCAAGAUUAUAAACUGCUCAGAGCUCUUUCAGCUCUCAAAGACCUUCUUCGGUAACUGCUGUUCCUUCAAUCUGCGCCAACAGGGCCUAAACUUCACCGCUCAAAGGGCCGCUGGAGGACUGGGCUCUGGCCUGUCGGUGAUUCUACGGUACCAGGACGACAACUACGACCCUUUCCAGUCCUAUUCGUAUGGCGUGAAGCUGCUCAUUCAGGAAACCAAUGCCUUUCCCAGUGCCCACGCUGUCUCGAAGUUCGUUUCCUUCAACACGGAGGUCUUCGCAGCUCUGCGACCCGAGGAGACCUUCUGCGCGGCGGCUGUUAAGGCUCUGGCCAUCGAAGAGCGGAACUGUGUGUUCGGAAACGAGUUCCAUCUACGCUACUUCCCCGACUACGUCUACCCAAACUGUGAGCUCAACUGCCGGGUGACCAACAUGGUCAAGUUCUGCGGCUGUCACACGUACUUCUUUGACUUCAAUCGCACCAGGGAUCGGAUAUGCUCGUUUAGGGAUAUUCCCUGUUUGGUGGAUAACUUUGCUAACAUCAUCACACGAGAAAGAAGCACUCAAUGCUAUUGUCCCCUGACAUGCGAGCACUUUGAUUACGAUGUUCAGAUCUCCAAUUUCCCCCUUUAUCCCAAUAUGCCAGUGGUGGAUCCCUUUUACUCGGGUAUAGCCAAAAACGAUGGCAUUUUACAUGUGUUCAUCAACUCUAUUAGCUAUCGGCGUAUUCGUCAGGACUUGCUCUCUAACAUGGUGACCCUGGUUUCUAACCUGGGCAGCGCCUUUAGCCUAUUUGUAGGCAUGAGCAUGCUCUCCGUGGUGGAGAUACUGUAUUACUUUUCGAUUAUCCUCCGAAAGAACUAUGUGCAGGAGCGUCGAGCACGCACAAAGAUGCUUCAGAGGGGAACAAAGUUCGCCGUUCCCAAAACAAGUACGCAUACAAAAAUCCAAAGAUUGGUAUUCAUAAUUCAAGUUAAAAAUCGUAAUCAUCAUCGGCGAUAUCAGAGUGCAAAAAACGAACCAAUAAAUUAG